AUGCCGAAGCCGACACACCCCGACUCACUUUCAACGGCUGAUCAUAGGCAGACAAGGAAGACCGAAGUAGGAGUACCGUCUCCGAUGAGCACAAGGCAACGCUUCGUCCAGCAGCUGCCCAAAAUCGAGCUCCAUGCUCACCUAAACAGCUCGAUUCGUCGCUCGACCCUCCGCGAGCUGGCUGCUACCAAAGGUGUUGACCCGAACAACGCCUUCAUCCUGUCAAGAUGGCCAAAGACGCUCAGCGAAGCAUUUGAUGUCUUUCGUGUCAUACACUCGUGCGUCACCACUCUGCAAGAUGUCGAGAGACUAGCAUUCGAACUUGGUCAAGAUCUGGAGGAGGAUGGUGUGGUGUAUGCUGACAUUCGCACUACUCCACGGGCAAUGUCUCUGGCGUCUGGGACUGCUACAGAGGUAGACCCUCUCGACCAAUACAUCAAGGCGGUGCUCAGGGGCUUCUCACGCUACACUGCCCAGGAUCCGGGCCCUAAUGCAAGAAAGGUCAUCUUCAGACUCUUACUCUCGAUCGACCGCGCAAAGCACUCUCCCACUCAAGCUCGUACAAUAGUCGACCUCGCUCAUCGCUACCUCAACAGAGGCGUAGUCGGUAUCGACCUUUCAGGCGACCCUACAAAAGGCCAAUGGUCCGACUUUGAACCAUCUCUCAUCCAUGCUCGACCAUUAGGUCUCAGAAUCACCUUGCAUGCAGGAGAAGUCAAAGACCGAGACCAAGAGAUGACGUACAUGCUUGACUUUCAUCCAGAUAGGUUCGGUCAUUGCUGCUUUGUUUCGGACGACAACCUAAAGAGACUGAAAGAGUCAAAGAUUCCGAUAGAGCUGUGUUUGACAAGCAACUUGCUUUCCAACUCGGUGGCCGAGUUGAAGGAUCAUCAUUUUGGUUUGCACUACAAGCCUUCGAGUGGAGGAGGGGGAGAUUCGACGAUCUGCUGUAUCUCGACCGACGAUAGCGGGGUGUUUGGCAGUCCCUUGUCGAAGGAGUACAAAUUGAUGAUGCAAACCUUUGGGUUGACGGAGAUGGAGGUGUUCAACUUAGCUAAACGGACACUUGAGGCUACCUUCCUAGCCCCGGCGGCGACAUCCGAAACGAAAGAGAGGAAAGGAUUGGAUCAGGAUCAGGAAGAAUGGAACAGCAUAUUAGCUGCGUAUGAUGACUUUUACGCCUCUUGGAAUUGGAACUAG